CCAAAAAGAUAUCACGAGCAACACAAAGACAAAAUACAUAAACAGUACUCAUAAAUCAGAGCCAUUAAAAAGAAGCUGUUUUCAGUUGGCUUAAAUUUAGAGCUUAUUCUUCUUCAACUUUUUGCAAUAUUUUCUCUCUUAUAGUUUCUUCUGCAAAAGUUGAAAGCUUUUUAACACAAAAAAUAACAACUAUGGCUUAUUCCUUGAAAUUAGCUUUUUUAGCUUUUUUGUCUCUCAAUUUACAAGUCUAUGCCCUCAAUAUUGGUGUUCAAUCCUCUCUCCAAUUGAGUAAAGAAUGCAGUAGAAAAUGUGAAUCUGAAUUUUGUUCAGUGCCACCAUUUUUGAGAUAUGGGAAAUAUUGUGGACUUCUAUACAGUGGAUGUCCAGGAGAAAGGCCAUGUGAUGGGCUUGAUGCUUGUUGUAUGAAGCAUGACAUGUGUGUCCAAUCUAAAGGCAAUGACUAUCUAAGUGAAGAAUGCAGCCAAAAGUUCAUAGGAUGCAUGGACAACUUCAGAGCAGCAGGAGGACAUACGUUUAAAGGAAGUACAUGUGAUGCUAACGAUGUUAUCGAAGUCAUCAAAAUCGUCAUGGAAGCUGCUUUACUUGCUGGCAGAAUUUUUAAGAAGCCUUAAACUUUAAUUCUCGAUCUCCAUUUAAUUCUUCCUAAUAAUAAGUUUAUUAAUUACGUAAUUACUACUCCUAAUGUUUCUAUGUUGUUAAACAACGUUUGAUAACCCUUAUAACUUCAUUUGUUAUCGUUUUUUUGUUUUCAAUUAUAAAGGGUAGUUUUCA